ACUUAUUUCAAAUCUACAGUUGAGGAACUUUCAAAGAUUCAACAGAGCUGUAUAUCAUUAAAUACAGUUAAAUGCAUUGAAAAAUUUUUAAAUAUUUCUGAAUCAGAUUUUGUUUCCUCUGAACAUUCAGAUUUUGUUUUCUCUGAAAAUGAAAGCUUUACAAGUGAAUCUGAUGAUAAUUUUGUAGACAAUUUACAACAAACAAUAAAUAAUCUUAGGAAACUUGAAUUAAUUUGGUUAAAAAAACGAAAAAAAAGUUCCAAAAAUAAAGUUGUAAUAUCAAGAGCUACAAAAUUUCGUAAAUACGGUCCUUCGGGUGUGUAUACAAAAGUCGCGCAAGGUGUUAAACUAAUUACACAAUACUUUCCAAUUAAAAAAAAUGAAGAAAGUACAGAUAGUGAAAACAAAGGUAAACCAGAAACUUCAGAUACAGAUUCUGAUGUGAAUGCUAUUGAUUUAGAUGUAAACGAUGAUGAAAGAUGUUCACAAGGUAACGAACAUUACAAUUUACUAAUUGACCAAUUUGAAGAUAUAGAAAAGGUAUUUAUUUUUAAGAAAUUUCAACAAAAAAAUGAUCAAGAAGGAUUAGAAGGUAAUCAAUUUACUUUUGAAAUACCAUUUCCAUCAGAUAUUAAGGAUGUGGCUAAACCUAAUGCAGAUAUUCCAAUUUUCAAAGGAAUAUGUAUUAAUAUAUCUGAAAGAAAUAUCUCUAAUCAUUCAGGACUUGAUAUAGCAAUUCAAUCAAUAUUUGAUGCUGGAAAUGAAGAAGUUGAAAUUAAUAGUAAACCCAACAUCAGAAGCCUCGCGCGUAGAGUUCCAAGCAUUAUUUAUGAAGAAACUCCUAAAUCAUAUUUUGGCCAUGAUGGGGAAGUGAAUAACCUCGAUGGAUAUUGGAUUUUUAAUUUCCUAAAAGAAGCAAAAGAUAUGUUAACUGAUGGGGAUUUUAUAUCAUUUAAAACAAAGGUAGAACAAGAACGGCAAGGUAACGGGCUAAAAACCUUUUGUGAGGAAUUAAUCCAUGAACAUUCUUCUAAUACGAUAAAAUCUGGUGUGGCGGAAUAUGAUAAUACAUGUUGA